AUGAACAUUCCUGCUCCAGAUGCUGAUGGGGAGUGGUAUUACGAAGUGGAAAUAUUUCAGCAUGACCAAGCAUCUUUCCGUGUGGGGUGGGCAGUUCCCGGAGAUUGCAUGCGUAUGCCGGAUAUGGGACCCUUUCGGCCACUUGGCAGCUUGGAUGAUACUGGCGAAGACGAUAGCCCCACCAAGUUGAGCAUGGUUUCUUCUUUUGCAGCUGCGUGGGUAGUAGAUGUGACAUCCGGACAUAUCUUGCACACGGAUGGUGCCGGGACAUCAAGCAAAGUUGCCUCGCUGCCUGAAGCCAAAGUGUUGGGCUGUGUGGCGAAGAUUCGCUCCGGGACGGGCCAGCUGUUUUUCGUGACGCAGGGAGAUGCCGAAGCCAAGGUGACGGAGGCAUGCAAAUUUGACAUCCAAGGCCGCAGACUUCUGCCGGCAAUCAGCGUUAUGGGAUCCUCUUGGCACUUCCGCGUGAACGUUGGAAACGAGCCCUUCCUGCUGCAGCCAGAGGGGGCAUCUGCGGUGCUCACGGCAAGAACAGGUGAUCCGCCCGGGGUGACAGCAGCACGAAAUGGUCACUGGUCCACUUGCAGGCUUCUCCUUGAUCGUGCAGCGGAUGUAAACGGCAUGGACAGCAUCAGGCGUAGGACCAUGCUGCAUUACUUCGCUGAUCAGGGGCAGGAGGAUGCUGUUAGCUGCUUGAUUCAGCGGCACGCGGACAUUUGGCUACAGGAUUCAGAUGAGCAGGAUGCACUGACGCUGGCGCAGUCAGCGGGGAGCUGCAGGUUGAUUCUCACAGCUGCCGGUGACCGGCUUGCAGAGCUCAUCUCUAGGCCGUCCCGUGGAGGCUGGUUCACUGCUUUGCACCACGCUGCGGAGCAUGGGAAAGCAAUGCUAGUGCGUCUGCUGCUGGAGUGGAGAGCAGAGGUCGAUGGCCCCAUGCCUCAGACUCCCUUGAUCUGGGCCGCAGCACGAGGUCGCAAAGAGUGCGCGGAACUCCUGAUCCGAGGCCGGGCGGAUGUGAGUCGGAGAGAUCAAACGAACCUCGAUGCUCUGUCAUGGGCCGAGAAGGCCUAUGCUUCGAAGUUGGGCGGCUUCGCCAAGCUGCCGCGGGAGCAAUGCGAUGCAUUGCAGAAGGUGACCCUCAACGGGGAUCUCUUCAAGCCUCUCUCUGCAGACUUCCUCGGCUUGGUGUGGCGAUUCAAAUCCUGGUGGACAGUGGAGGGCGGCGUGCUCAUCAUCCACGUCUUUAAACGACAGAUGGCCACCUGGCGAUUCCCUUUCCAUCGCGACACCGGCGGCACGGGCCUUUUCAGGAGAAAUCCGUUCCCCUGGACACCCGCCAUGCGGGAUUCGCCGGGUGGAACGAACAUCUCACACUUGGACACCAACUACGCCAAGGAAGCGCCAAAGGAGGAAGAGCUCGAAGUCAUCCCGGCUGGUCGGCCGGAUCCGCUCCCGGGCGAGAUCUUGCCGGAUGGCAGCGUGCAGGAGGCUGCGCUGGGUGGUAUGUUUGCCCUGCUCCCGGAGGGUCUCGUGUGCACGCCCAACGACCUUUGUCUUGGCAUCACCGCUCAUCAGGAAGACUACUCCGUGAUGAUCGAAGUUCACUUCGAGCGAGAUCGCUAUGAGCGCCUCUGUGCGCGAUAUCCCUUGGAGGCGCUGCUGGCAGCGGAUGUCUGGUCCAACGCAGUCUCGAUCUUCUUCCAGGGCGACCGUAGCAAUCCGAUCCUCUUCGGCGAGCUGAGUGGGCAGGUCAUACCGGAAUCCAGCACCUGGCGCAUGGGCUCUUCAGAUCCAAUGAGGAGGCGGCAAGUUGCCGGAGACAGGUACAGCCCCUGCCUCGUGGUGCGGCUGACCAAGGCGUCCCGCCAUCCCGAUGCCUGGAAGACGGUGUUCAAGGAGACCUGGCAGCACAAGCUGAUGGUCAAGGAGCUCGGGCCUUUCGGCCCGGAGCACUUUGAAGGGAUGAGCGGCGGGAAGACCUACCUGCGCGCAGGCUACAACCUGGAUGAGCCCGACUUUUGGGCCAACGUGGACAACUAUGCCUUCACAACGAUGAAGCAGUCCGGCUACACCUCGGACCGGGUCGUUCUGAAAGCCGCUGCCGUCUUCCGCGGAAAGCUCCGCGGCCGCGGCGCGAAGGCAUUACUAUAG